AUGUACUUCCAAACCUUAACCGUGCUACUGUUCGUGGCUUUGCUCAAUACCGAGGCGAACGUUAUAAAGCAGAAACUUGAAACGUGUGAAGGAGGAUAUUGCUUACCGAAGCAUUUGUGCCCAACGGGACGAUUUAAUGAUGAACCAAUCCUAGGAGAAAAUAGGCUUACAACGCUACGAGUUGACGAGGAGAACGAAUGUGGAGAUUUCAUGAAGAUAUGCUGCAAGGUGUCCAACACUGAUUCGGAAAACCAGAGCGUGACUGAUAAGUGCGGAAUUUCCAAUCCGGAAGGUUUAGUGUACAACGUGGAAUCGAAUCUAACGUACGCAAAAUAUGCCGAGUUUCCUUGGACUGUAGCCAUUUUUGUAAAGUACUACAUAUCCAGAAAUCUCAAACUGACGCACGUAGGCGGAGGAACUCUUAUACAUCCGAAGUAUGCCCUGACGACUGCUCAUACCGUGGCGAAAAUAGGAAAAUAUAUGGCUCGGUUUGGAGAGUGGAACAUGAAAUCGGACGCAGAGAUCUAUCCAUCGCAGGAUAUUGAUAUUGAGAAACGAAUUCUCCAUCCAUCCUAUCGGGAAGCGCUAACAACAGAGAACGAUAUAGCUCUUGUAGUUCUGAAAGAUACGGUCUUGUACUCAGAGCACAUUCGACCCCUGUGUCUGCCAAACGCAUUGGACUCAUUCGAUGGUAAGCGGUGCAUCGCGACCGGAUGGGGAUUGGACAUAAGAACAGAGCAACCAGCACCCAUUAUGAAGCGGAUGGAGCUGAACGUUAUCCCACGUGAACAUUGUCGUACGAUGUUUUGGAACCAGGGCUUUAAAUUCGAACUCCACAGCAGUUUUAUGUGUGUGGAACCGGCCGGGGAGCAGAACUCGUGUUUCAAGGAUGGAGGGUCACCGUUAGCUUGCCAAAGGGAAGAUGGAUCUUACGUGAUGGCAGGAAUAACAUCCUGGGUGUUGGAUUGUGGUCGAUCGGAAAUUCCAGGAGCUCAAGUGGAUGUGGCGCAGUUUAGUAGCUGGAUAAAUGAAAUUAUCGACGCACAGAAUGAUUCAGAUGAAUCAUAUGAAAUCAAUGCUUUAAGUGUGGAUGAUGAAGUGAAGCUAUAUGCAUACUUAAGUAACAAAAACAAUAAGGGUUAG